AACGCGCCGCGGCAGCCAUGUUGGACGCGGCCAGCGCAGGGGCCGGCACCAGGGGGUUAUCUAAGCGGCUGUCACGAUGCUGGGGUUCCUGGUGUUGAGGAGAACAGCGCUGGCGCCGCGGCUCCUCCUCCAUCAGCUUAGGUCCCCGUCGCUCCGGAGUCAUGGAAGUGCCUCCAGCCAGAGUGUGACCACCGCGGGCCGCGGGGAGCCGCAGUGGCUGAGGGCGGCCGUCGGGGGGCGCCCUGGAACAUCGUUGGCCUUCCACCCCCGAGAAGGGGCAGCCACAUGGGGGCGCCAGGGAGGACGCACCGAGACCCAGUGCCUCGUAGCCGCAACAUGGGGACGCCUUCCUAGCCCAGAAGAAACACUCCCGGGACAGGACAGCUGGAACGGGGUCCCCAAGAGGGCCGGACUGAGCAUGUGGGCCCUGGCCACGGCGCUAGUGGUUCACUGUUACAGCAAGAGCCCGUCCAACAAGGAUGCAGCCCUGAUGGAAGCUGCUCGCACCAACAAUGUCCAAGAAGUCAGCAGGCUCUUGUCGGAAGGUGCAGAUGUUAAUGCAAGGCACAGACUUGGCUGGACAGCACUCAUGGUGGCAGCCAUCAGCCGAAAUGACAGUGUGGUGCAGAUCCUGCUUGCUGCUGGUGCUGACCCAAACCUUGGGGAUGAUUUCAGCAGUGUUUAUAAGACUGCCAAGGAGCAGGGAAUCCAUUCUUUGGAAGUCCUGGUCACCCGAGAGGAUGACUUCAACAACCGGCUGAACAACCGUGCCAGCUUCAAGGGCUGCACAGCCCUGCACUAUGCUGUCCUUGCUGAUGACUACCGCACUGUCAAGGAGCUGCUUGAUGGAGGAGCCAACCCCCUGCAGAGGAAUGAAAUGGGACACACACCCUUGGAUUAUGCCCGAGAAGGGGAGGUGAUGAAGCUUCUGAGGACUUCUGAGGCAAAGUACCAGGAGAAGCAACGGAAGCGUGAGGCUGAGGAGCGGCGCCGCUUUCCCCUGGAGCAGCGGCUAAAGGAGCACAUCAUUGGCCAGGAGAAUGCCAUCGCCACAGUGGGUGCUGCGAUCCGGAGGAAGGAGAAUGGCUGGUACGACGAAGAACACCCUCUGGUCUUCCUCUUUUUGGGAUCAUCUGGAAUAGGAAAGACAGAGCUGGCCAAGCAGACAGCCAAAUAUAUGCACAAAGAUGCCAAAAAGGGCUUCAUCAGGCUGGACAUGUCUGAGUUCCAAGAGCGGCAUGAGGUGGCCAAGUUUAUCGGGUCCCCACCAGGCUACAUUGGACAUGAGGAGGGUGGCCAGCUGACCAAGAAGCUGAAGCAGUGUCCCAAUGCUGUGGUGCUCUUCGACGAGGUGGACAAGGCCCAUCCAGAUGUGCUCACCAUCAUGCUGCAGCUGUUUGAUGAGGGCCGGCUGACGGAUGGAAAAGGGAAGACUAUCGACUGCAAGGAUGCCAUCUUCAUCAUGACCUCCAAUGUGGCCAGUGACGAGAUUGCACAGCACGCGCUGCAGCUCAGGCAAGAGGCUUUGGAGAUGAGCCGUACCCGUAUCGCCGAAAACCUUGGGGAUGUCCAGAUUAAUGACAAGAUAACCAUCUCAAAGAACUUCAAGGAGAAUGUGAUACGCCCCAUCCUGAAAGCUCACUUCCGGAGAGAUGAGUUUCUGGGAAGAAUCAACGAGAUUGUCUACUUCCUCCCCUUCUGCCACUCAGAGCUCAUCCAACUUGUCAACAAGGAACUGAACUUCUGGGCCAAGAGAGCCAAGCAAAGGCACAACAUCACACUGCUCUGGGACCGCGAGGUGGCAGACGUGUUGGUCGACGGUUACAAUGUGCACUAUGGCGCCCGCUCCAUCAAGCAUGAGGUCGAGCGCCGUGUCGUGAACCAGCUGGCAGCCGCCUAUGAACAAGACCUGCUGCCGGGGGGCUGUACUCUGCGCAUCACUGUGGAGGACUCAGACAAACAGCUGCUCAAGAGCCCCGAACUGCCCUCACCCCAGGCUGAGAAGCGUCUACCCAAGCUGCGGCUGGAGAUCAUCGACAAGGACAGCAAGACCCGCAAACUGGACAUCCGGGCCCCACUACACCCUGAGAAGAAAGCACUGUAAGCACCCAGAGGGCAGAUACUCGGUUGUCCAGUUCACUGUCCUAUUCACAGGACCUGACACAGUGCCAACAUGUGACAGAUGCUCCAGGUAUUCGGAUGGUUGGGCGUGCCCUGCAGUGAGCACAGAUCUUCACAGUGGGUCCCAGGACAGAACAGUGUCAUUUAUUCACUGAGCACACGUUUAUUUGUCAUGUUCUUGUGGCCAGCCAGUAGGAUCUGCCAGGAUUGGACCCAGAGCAAAUGGGGCAAAGCAAGACCCAGAACCCAUAUUGAGUAUCCUGGAAUGCAUGAGACAGGGCUUGAAAAUGAAAAUGUAACACCUUUAUUAUUCAAAAAGAAAAACUCAAAGAUGCGUGGUGAUUGUUCUAGAAAUUUAGGAAGGGGCAUCUGGGUGGUUCAGUUAGUUAAGCAUCUGAUUUUGGCUCAGGUCAUGAUCUCAGGGUUGUGAGAUCGAGCCCUGUGUCAGGCUCCACACUGGGGACAGAGCCUGCUUAAGAUUCUCUCUGUCCCUCUGCCCCGCCCCCCCUCAAAAAAAACCCAAAAAGAUUUAGGGGAAAAAAAACACAUUUAAGCCAUAAGAAAAUAGAAAAUAGACCAAUAAAGAUAAAACUUGAAGUUAAAAAGGAGAAAGGGUAAGUAGAAAAAUGACUCUUUGAAAACACCAGUAAAAUAGAUAAAACCUCAGCCUGAUAAAUAGGAAAAAGAGGAAAAAAGUGUAAGAUUAGGAAUGAGAAAUCAUGUAGAUACGGAAAAAUUCUAAAUAAUUUCAGGAGAAUUCUGUGGCACCAAAUUUGGAAACAGAGAAAAUAGGUAAUUUCCCAGCAGACACCCAAAACAUACUUUGAAUAGACCAAUUAAUUACCAAAGAAAAAAUCGGAAAGGUGAUUAAAUGUUUAUCCUUCUAAAAAAUCAUGUUCUUUUACUUAAACUUCUUUUAUUGAGAUAUACAUGGAAAAAUAUGCAAAUCACAAGUAUACAGUUCCACUGAAUUGUCACAAGGUGAGCACUAUUUGUAGCCGUCAUAUCCAGCCCAACAAAUAGAUGAGUUAUAAUUUUUCAUUUUAAUUUAACUGUCUGGGUGUGGAGAAAAGAAGAAAGCGGUGGAAAAGGAAACUAGAGAGGCAAGUUUCCUGCUUUCAUAGUGCCUUGAAUGCCAUCCUAAGAGAAUGAAAUGACCAUAUUUGUGUUUUCAAAAGACCCUUUGUUUUGGGGUGACUUCUGACCAAUAUGCAGCAGAUGGAGUAGUUCCAGGCAAACCCCCUUCCCACCCUCAAACAUGGAAAUAGUGUGUAACAAAAACAACAAAAAGUUCAACACACAACUGGGCUUGAAACUAAAAAUGGGAGAUCCCAAGGUGCCAGAAAUGAAUGGGAACCCAAAAGUCCAAGAUGUGUGAAGUGGAAGUUAAGGAGUUUUGUAUAGACUUGGGACCAAGAUAUAGGCCUAAUAGCUGAGUGCUAGGGCUUCAACAAAGACAGGAGUCUCAAAGGACCACUUCCUUGUGAAAUAAAAACUAGAACACCACUCAUUGAUCUGGUGAUCAGUAGGGAAAUAAAAGAAAAUCUACCAUAACUCAGGGAUGUAAGUAGAAAGAAUCAUCUACACAGAAACUUACACAUUUGCUGUGUGUGCAAAUGUGGUCCAAAUUCACAAUACCCGAGUGUUUCUGGGAUGUCACAAUGAAAAAUUGACAAAAAGCUAGUCCUGGGCCAGUGAAGGAAACAAAACUGUAAGGAUAGUCCCAUAAUCAAAUUUUCACAAAGGAACCUAUGAAAAAACAAGUCCUAUUUAAAAUGAGAUUACAGGGAAAAAUUAGAAGAAGAGAGAGGAGAAGAAACAAAGCAAAGAAAGGAACAAAUGGGAAAAUUUGCACUCCAGGAAUUGUUAUAAAAGAAUCUGAGGGGCACUGGGCUGGCUCAGUUGGUGGAGUGUAUGACUCUUGAUCUUGGGGUUGUGAGUUUGAGCCCCAUGUUGGAUGAAGAGAUUACUUAAAAAUAAAAUCUUUAAACAAAAUCUGAGUUUAAAAGUAUAUUUAAAAUGUUCAGAGAGGUCUUCUGGGUGGCUCAGUCGGUUAAGCAUCUGCCUUCGGCUCAGGUCAUGAUCCAGGGUCCUGAGAUCGAAUCCCUCAUGGGGCUCCCUGCUCAGCAGUGAGUCUGUUUCUCCCUCUCCCUCUGCCCCUCCCCCUGCUCAUGCUCUCUCUCCCUCUCUCUCGCUCUCUCAAAUAAAUCUUUAAAAGAAAAUAAGUUAAAGUGUUCAGAGAAAUAAAGGGAAGACUAGAAACCAUAAUACAAGAAAGGACAGUAUGAAAAAAGAAUAAGUGAAUUUGAUUAAACCUCCACUCCAGGUUGUUUCCUCAGAUUUAGUUCUGUGUUUUUUAUAUUUAAACAAUCUUCUGUAUUGUUGUGGUCCUAAUCAAUACUAGACAUUAGAUACUAGGACCACUCAGAUUCUUAAAGAACAAAGAUUUGGGUCACCCACUGGGCAAAGAACACUCAUGAUCUAAGGAGAUGACAUAGGGCAAGGGGAAUAUGGAAUGUGUAGGAGAGGAGGGAAGUCACCAGAGUGCCACCCCACCUACUCCUACCUCCAGUCCACAGUCAGUUGUAGAAAUAAGGAUGCAGCCUCGACCACAGUCCUGGAAUUAUUUGCUCACCAUCCUCUAAGAGUCAUUCGGGUCUAAUCCCACCAUGCCUCACAGGUUUAUCACAGUAAUCCCAAGAGUCUGAACCUGAUCCACCACCACAUCACAAACUGCUCCCCUUCCCAACCCUUCUAAUAUGCCCUCCAGUACUUCCAUUCUGUAAUCAAAUUCUGUAUAAGCACCUUCUCAUUGGAAUGUUUGCUUCAUCUCUUCACCUUAAUUGUCCCCUGAAGGCAUUGCUUACUUUGGCUUUCCCCUAAGAGGCUGCUUCCCCUGUAGCCCUCUGAGGUGGAGGCUGCUUUAUUGUCAGAACCAGGACAUGAGCCCCCCACUGCUGCUCUGUGAUUAUUUCUCAUCCUUCCUUCCAGCUUUUAAAAUUCAGCAGUUUGACUAUUCCAGCCCUUGUGUCAUUGCCCUUUCUACUGAACUGUCAACUAUUGUCCCUCAUGCAGAAAAGAUUUUAGCCCCUGUAUCACUUUCUCUUUUUCCCCACACAUGUCAUCAUUCUUGGUGGCUUUAACUUCCCAUGAAUGACUUAUCCAACAUCCUGCUUUCCUUAUAUUUAAUGAUCUUUUUCUGCCCCCACUCACUUAAAUCACCUAUGUCAUGGUCACGUCCUAAAUUUUAUCAACAGUAACUGCACUUCCUUCAAAACCCCCAUCCUUCUCUGGCCAGUCUAGUGUCCAGAGUAAAGAAAGAACUUUUACAACUCAACAAUAAGACAACCUAAUUGUAAAAUAGGACAAGGGUCUGAAUAUACAUUUCUCCAAAUAAAAUGUACAAAUGGGCAAUAAGCAAAACAUCAUUAACCAUCAGGGAACAGUGCAAAUCGAAACUGCAAUGAGAUACCACUACACACCCACCAGAAUGGCUCUAAUCAAACAUAGACAAUAACAAGUGUUGAUGAGGAUGUGAAGAAUUGGGAAUGGAAAAUUAUGCAACCAGUUUGUAAGAGUCUAGCAAUCCCUCGAAAGAUUGAACAUAGAGUUUCCAUCUGUCCCAGCAAUUACACUCCCAAAUAUAUACCUAAGAGACAUAAAACACACCCACACAAAAACUUGUUACGUGAAUGUUAAAAAGCAAAAAAGUGGAAACCAAAUGUCCAUCAAACUGCUGAAUAGAUAAAAUAAUGGUAUAUCUAUACAAUGGAAUAUUCAGCCAUAAGAAGAAUGAAGUACUGAUUUGUGCGACAACAUGGAGAUGAACCUUGAAAACAUGUUAAAUGUAAUGGAAUCCAGGCGUGCCUGGGUGGCUCAGUCUGUUAAGCAUCUGACUUCGGUUCAGGUCAUGAUCUUAGGGUCCUGGGGUAGAGCCCCACGUUGAGCCCCAGGUAAAGCCCCGUGCUCGGUGAGGAGUCUGCUUGUCCCUCUGGCCCUUCCCUGCUCAUGCUUGCUCUCUCUCUUUCUCAAAUAUAUAAAAUCUUUUUUUAAGAAAAUGUAAUGGAAUCUAGUUACAAAAGGUUACAUAUUCUGAUUUCAUUUAUAUGAAAAUGUCCAGACUGGCAAAUCCAUAGAGACAAAAUAGAUUAGUGGUUGCCAAGGAGAGAGGGGAAUGGGAAUGAUUGAUAAUAGGGUUCUUUUUGGAGUGAUGAAAAUUUUUUGUAAUUACAUAGUGGUGAUGGUUGCACAACUUUAUGCAAACCAGUGAAUUUAAACUUUAGAGGGUGAAUUUUAUGACAUGGAUUAUAUUAGGGUUUUUUUUUAAGAUUUUAUUUAUUUGAGGGGCACCCGGGUGGCUCAGUCGUUAAACGUCUGCCUUCGAUUCAGGUCAUGGUCCCAGGGUCCUGGAAUCGAGCCCCACAUCGGGCUCCCUUCUCAGUGGGAAGCCUGGUUCUCCCUCUCCCACUCACCCUGCUUGUGAUCCCUCACUCACUGUGCCUCUCUCUGUCAAAUAAAUAAAUAAAUCUUUUUUAAAAAGAUUUUAUUUAUUUGAGAGACAGAGCACGCAAGCAGGGGGAGGGGCAGAGGGAGAAUGAGACUCUCAGGCAGACUGUGCUCAGCACAGAGCCCAAUGUGGGGCUAGAUCUCACAACCCUGAGAUCAUGACCUGAGCCAAAAUCAAAAGUCAGACACUUAACCAACUGAGCCACCCAGGCACCCCUUAGUUCUUUUAUAUCAAAAAAAUAUAUACCUCAGUUUAAAGAAAAAUUCUUUAGAAAAUAAGCUUUAAAAAAAAACACACCAAAGUUAAAUGUCAAGAGAAUGAGAGGACAAACCACGGACUGGGAGAAAAUAUUUGCAUAUUACAUAAUCUGAUUAAAGACUGGUGUCCAGAAUAUCCAAAGAACUCUUAAAACUCAACAGUAAGAAAAUGAACAACCAGAUUACAAAAUGGGCAAAGAUCUGAGCACACACCUCUCUAAAAAAAUACACGGAGGGCAAAUAAGCAUGUGAAAAGAUGCUCAACAUCAUACAUCAUUAAUGAAUCGCAUAUUAAAACAAUACUGAGAUACCACUACACACACGUUAGAAAAGCUGAAAUCCAGAACCCUGACAGCACCAGUGCUGGUGAGGAUGUAGAGCAACAGGAACUCUCAUUCUUUGCUGGUAAGAAUGCAACAUGGUACAGCACACUGUGGAGCACAGUUUGACUGUUUCUUACCAAACUGAACAUACUUUUACCAUAGGAUCCUGCAGUCAUGCUUCUUGGUUAUUUACCCAAAUGUCCUGAAAACUUAAAUCCACACAAAAACCUACACACAAAAUUUAUAGCAGCUUUAUUCAUAAUUGCCAAAACUUGAAAAUAACCAAGAUACUCUUUUUUUUAAGAUUUAUUUAUUUUUGAGAGAGAACAUGCACGCGGUGUGGGGAGUGGGGCAGAGAGAGAGAGAAUCCAAGCAGACUCUAUGCUGAGCAUGGAGCCCAAUACGAGGCUUGAUCUCACAAGCCCAAGAUCAUGACCUGAGCCAAAACCAAGAGUCGGAGGCUUAACUGACCGCACCACCCAGGCAUUCCUAACCAAGAUAUUCUUUAGUAGGCAAGUGGAUAAGCAAACUAUGGUACAUCUAUAUAAUGGAAUAUAAUUCAGUGCUAAAAAGAAAUGAGCUAUCAAGCCUCAAAAAGACAUGGAGAAACCAUAAAUUCAUGUUACUAGUGAAAGAAGCCAAUGCAAAAAGGCUACAUACUGUAUGAUCCCAACUAUAUGACAUUCUGGAAAAGGCAAAGCUAUAGAGACAGUAAAAAACAUCAGUGGUUGCCAGGAGCUUGAGUGGGGCAGAGAAGUGGAGCACAGAGGAUUUUUAAGGCAGUGAAACUGUUCUGUAUAAUAGAUAAUGUUGAGUGCAUGUCAUUAUACAUUUGUCAAAACCCAUAGAAUGUACAACACAAAGAGUGGACCCUGAUAUAAAAUAUGGACUUUGGUUUAUGAUAUAUCAGUAUUGGUUCAUUAAUUGUAACAAAUGUACCACUCUGAUGCUGAUGUUGAUACUGGGCGGCGGGCGGUGGGGGGGGCGCUUUCCAGGAGCGGGGGAAUAUAUGGUAGCUCUAUACUUUCCACUGAAUUUUGCUAUGAACCUAAAGCUGGUCUAAAAAAUAAAGUCUGGGGCGCCUGGGUGGCUCAGUUGGUUAAGCGACUGCCUUCGGCUCAGGUCAUGAUCCUGGAGUCCCGGGAUCGAGUCCCGCAUCAGGCUCCCUGCUCGGCGGGGAGUCUGCUUCUCCCUCUGACCCUCCUCCCUCUCGUGCUCUCUGUCUCUCAUUCUCUCUGUCUCAAAUAAAUAAAUAAAAUCUUAAAAAAAUAAAAAAUAAAGUCUGUUAAUUUUAUUUUUUUUAGAUUUAUUUAUUUUAGAGAGGGUGGGAGGAGCAGAGGGGGAGGGAAAGACAGAAUCCCAAGCAGACUCCCCACUGAGCAUGGAGCCCCACACAGGGCUCAAUUCCACAACCUCGAGAUCAUGACCUGAGCCAAAAACAAGAGUCAGAAGCUCAACUGACUGAACCAACUCUGUGCCCCAAGUCUAUUAAUUUUAAAAAGUUAAAUGAACUGUAUUUUAAUAGAGUUGUAUCAAAGAAGUCAAGAUUCAUAUUCUAGCAGGUUAAAAUUACAAAACUGGUUUAGGGUCUUCCUCUGCCUGAUUUCUGUGGCUUAUCUGAACAUACUCAGACACAGUAUGGAUGCUUACCAAGUGCUUGCUGGAAGAGCAAAUCACUCAAUAAGCUUUCUGUGGCAUAAUGUCACGAUUUGGGUUUUUAUCUUUGACAGUUUCUUCCCAUUACGGUAACUCCUCAUCCAGCUGGCUUAUUCUGACAAUUAAAUAUAUAAAAUAAUUAUAAUGUCCUGAUCACUAAAUCAUACCAGCUUAAAAUCCUCAGUGUGGCAGUUAGCAUCCCCAGAGCAAUCUAAGAGUCAAGCAGAAGCAACACUGUCUUGUACGAGCCCAGUCUCAGAAGUAGCACACCAUUAAUUCCCACUAUAUCAUCUUUGUUAGAAGUGAGUCUCCCAUGGAGAACAAUAUGGAGGUUCCUCAAAAAAUUAAAAAUAGAACUACCAUAUGAUCCAACAAUUCCACUUCUGGGUAUUUACCCAAAGAAAAACACUAACUCGGAAAGACAUAUGCACCCCCAUGUUCAUUGCAGCAUUAUUUACAAUAGCCAAGAUAUGGAAUAUAUGCAGCCAUAAAAACAAUGAAAUCUUGUCAUUUGUGAAAAUGUGGAUGGACCCUGAGGGUAUUAUACUAGGUCAAACAAGUCAGGGAAAGACAAAUACCAUAUGAUCUCACUUAUAUAUGAAAUCUUAAAAAAGAAAAAAAAAGACCUUAUAGAUGCAGGAAACAGUUUGUUGGGGGCUGGGCAAAAGGGCUGAAGGCAAUCAAAAGGUAUAAACUUCAGUUAUAUAAUAAAUGAGUCAUGGACAUCUAACAAAGAAAAAAAUUUUGUGACUAUAACAAUGGAUGUCAUUUUGUGAUACAUACAAAUAUGGAAUCAUUAUGCCAUACACUUGGAACUAACAAUGUUAUAUGUUAAUUAUACUUUGAUACACAAAAAUUUAAAAAUAAAAUGCCUGUGGGGCACCUGGGUGGCUCAGUCAGUUAAGCGUCUGACUCUUGAUUUCGGCUCAGGUCAUAAUUUCAGGGUCAUGAGACUGAGCCCUGCAUUGGGCUCCACACUCAGUGGGGAGUCUGCACUGAAUUCAGUCCCUCUGCGCCUCCCCCACUUGUUCUCUGUCUCUCUCUCUCUUUCUCAAAUAAAUAUUUUAUUUUUUUAAAAGAGUUUAUUUACUUAGAAGGAAGAGCACAAGCAGGGGGAGCAGCAGAGGGAGAGGGAGGAUCAGGCUCCCCACUGAACAGGGAACCCGAUGUGGGGCUCAAUCCCAGGACCCCAGGAUCAUGACCUGAGCCAGAGAUAGACGUUUAACCAACUGAGCCACCCAGGUACCCCAAUAAAUAAGUCUUUUAAAAAAUAAUAAAUAAAAUAAGAUAAAAUAACUUGGAGAGCAGGAAGUCUCUAAGUCCAUCCCAAACUUAAGAGAAGAAUUAAACUCCACCUUUUAAAGCAUCAAAGAAUUUGUAUACAUAUUUUUCAACCACUACACACACCUGGACACAUCAUAUAUCCAAAAUUCCAAAAACUAAAAGAGAAAAUCUUGAAAGCAGCCAAAGAAAAAAGACACACUAUACGGAGGAACAAAGCACACUUCUCACCAGAAGCUCUGCAAGCCAGAAGACAAUAGAGUAACAUCUUUAAAGUGCUGAAGGAAGAAACUGUCAACUCAGCAUUCCGUACCCAGUGAACAUAUUUCAAAAAUGAGAGAGAAACACUCUUUCAGACAAAUAUAAUUUGAGAGAAUUCAUUACCAUCACACCUGCAUUAAAAAAUUUUAAUGUUAAAGGAAGAAAUGUUAAAGGAAGUUCUUCAGGAAGAUGGAAUAUGAUAUCAGAGAGAAACUUUGAUCUACAUAAAGAAAUGUAGAUCUCCAUAAAUGGUUAAAAUGAAGACUGAACCCAGCCUUGUUUUAACAAUAGUGCCCACUGCUGUCCACUUUCGCUUGGAAGGAUCACAGAGCUUUGAAGGCCCAGAAAAGGAUGUGUUGGUGGGCUCCAGACUGAUGGGUAGGGUCUUCUCUGUGACCUAGGGAACCUUUGGAACCUUCACCGAGGGCUUGGAUUUUCUUCAAAUGAUGGCACCACUGAAAUCUUACUGCUUCUAGGGGCACCUGGCUGGCUCAGUUGGUAGAGCAUAUGACUCUUGAUCUCGGGAUUGUGAGUUCAAGCCCCAUGUUGGGUGUGGAGAUUCCUCUAAAUAAAUAAAUAAAUAAAAUCUUUAAAAAAGAAAAAUCUAGGGCACCUGGGUGGCUCAAUUGGUUAAGAAUCCAACUCUUGAUUUCGGCUCCAGUCAUGGUCUCAGGGUCCUAAGAUCAAGCCCCGUGUGUUAGGCUCUGUGCUCGUCAGGGAGUCUGCAUGAGAUUCUCAUUCUCCCUCUCCCUCUGCCCCUCCCCCUACUCAUACACACUUGCUCUCUCUGUCUCUCUCUCAAAAUAAAUAAAUAAAUCUUUAAAAAAAAAAAAUCUUACCCCUUCCAGGAAGUCUCCAUCAAAGAAUUAGAAGAUUCAGUACUGGCAGACCCCUAGGCAACAGUCUAUUCAGCAUUCCCCUUCUGAUAGCAAUGCUCUCCCUCACCCCUUCACACCAUCCAAACACUUUUCAAGGUUGCUGUCAUAUUGGUCCAUUCACUGCCAUCCAUUGCUCUCUGGAUACAUCUGGGUACAUUUUACUUGUCCUAAGGUAACAACCUAAUAUGACCCAAGCUGGACCAAUCAGAUUCCCUUCUCCCCCAGAAAUUUUAAAACCAGAGCUUGAGAGAGAGCCCCAAGGCUCUCUAAGAUGUACAUCUCUGCAGCUGUCCAUUGCCAAGUUAUCUACUCUGAGGACUAGAAUAAUUGAAGAAAUGGAUUUGCUUAGAGUAAAGAACAGAGUGCAAGAGGAGCAGAGCUAAAAGAUCAGAGAGAGUUACAGUGGUGUCUGGGUCUCUGGUCCUAGUUUUCCAUGAAGCCCGCCUGUUGUUAGGUCCUAUAAGACAACAGAGUAUCCCUAAAACCUACUCUCUUUUUCCCCUUUAGCUGGAGUUUCCUUCAGGUGGAAUUUCUGUUUCUUGCAACCAAAAGAUUCCCAAUAAUUUUGCUCUCUGCCUCACUGAGCAUUUCACUUGAAACCCUUGUGACUAUAUAUGUAGUGAUCUGUUUACAGCUGGGAUCACUUUAAGAAAGGUUGAUGUAUUAAAAUACAAGUAUACAGGAGUACCUGGCUGGCUUAGUUGGGGGGAGCAUGUGACUCUUGAUCUCAGGGUCAUGACUUCAAGCCCCACGUUGGGGCUUUUAUUUACUUAAGUAAAUAAAUAUAAAAAAAAUAAAAUACCAGUAUACAUACCUGAAAAAUUAAUGGACAAGUAUUAAUUACCCUGAAAUUGUUUGCUCUACAAAAAGAACUUACUAGAGAAGAUCCUUUAUAGUUUGUAUAGUGCUCUAGAAAUAGUUUCAAAACCAGUGUGCCCAUCACAAUAAAUUAUAAAGAACAAAAUGAAUCUGCAUGUGCCAAUAGUGAAAUAUCUCCAGGAAUAUUACGGGAAAAAUCUAGCCCAUAUACUAUAUGGUUUUAUCCUGUGUAUAUACAAUUUCACACACACACACGCACGCACACACACACACUUAUAGGCUUGGUUUUUUUUUAUUUCUAGGAGAAAUCAAAGUAUUCACAAAGGUUACCUUUUGAGAGAAGGACUAGGGGAAGAAAGGAGGAAGACACUUUUAUAUUUUACUUUCUAUUUCUUUACUUGUUUGAAUCAUCUGGCCUAAUACAUGUAUUUUUAUUUCAAGUUAGUGAAAUUAUAAACUUUUUUCUCUUAAUACAUGUCUGUACUCUAUUACAAAUGGAAACUAAAUAGAGAAAGCAGAACUGAGAAAAAUGAAUAGCAGAACUAAGAAAACUAAACACCCAAUAGCUACAGAGGGGAUGUCAAAAAAAAAAGAAUCAAAUUCAUACCACAGUACCCCAGAAAAGUUCAGGACUGUACAUAUAAUUUAUUUUUUAAAUGCAGUAAGACUUCCAGGUCUCUUGCAUCCUGGUCAGCCAAAUACCCCUUUCCUGAAGAUAUAGGAGACUGAAGUGUUAGCGUGUGGAAGAAGCCAACCAGAGAGCCUUCAGGUUCAGGACCUCCAGGAAGAGCAAAAAGUGAGAAAGAAGAGCUGUGCCCAAAACCCACCCCAGCCGUUUCUGCCAUGUAGCUUCAAGAGCAAUGGCAGCCAAGCACAUUUCCUUCUUGGGCAGAACCUUGAAAGAUUUGUCUCUAGAGAUACUAAAUGACCCUAGAGAAAAGAUCUGUAGAAGCAACAUUUUGCAUUUAAAAAAAAAAACAAACAAAAAACAGCUGAGUCCCUAUCCAGUGACCAUACAGUGAAACCACAUUUCACAAACUCUGGACACAAACUUUUUAAUACCUCACUCUUAAAUAUGAAAGGAAAAGAAUCACCAGGCAUGUAAGGAAAGCUUGAGCAUAAAAGCCAAAAGUAUAAUCAAGAAGAAGAAAACUAGAAGGAAGCAAAAACAAUACAGAAAGCAAUAGAAGAAAACUCCCCCAAAAAAUCUAGAGAAGAAAAAAAUACCCAGAGAGGAAAAAAAAGAGAGAACAUAAUAUAACCAUGAAACAAAAAUAAGAUUAUUUCUAUAAAGGUAAAAAUAACAGGACAGAGAUAACUUUUGGAAUUUUAAGAUAUGUUAGCUAAUUUUUUUAAUCUAUAAAAUAAUUGGAAGAUAAAUGAGAAGAUCUCCCAAAAAGUAGAACAAAAAGAUAUGGAAAAUGUGAGAGAACAAAUGAAGUUAGAAAAAGCAAUUGAGAGUGCCCAACCUCCACCUAAUAGGAGUUCCAAAAAGAAAGAAAAGAUUAAGUGAAAAAAUAUAUUAUCAGAUAAAUAGCAUCUUAAGAAAAUUUUCCUGUUAAAAAUUAUUUUCCAUCACUAAAGGACAUGAGUUUUCAGACUGAAAGGGCCCACCAAAUAUCCAGUGGUUGAAAACAGAUUCCCACCCAGGCAUAUCAUCAUGAAAUAUCAGAAUUCUUGGAACAUAAAGAAGAUUCUAAAAGCUUCCAAAGGAAAAAUAAAUAAGCCACAUAUACAGAAUAGGGAAUUAUAGUUACAUCCCUCAAAAACAACAUAGGAAGCUGAAAGACAAUGGUAAAAUGCCUUCAAAUUCUGAAAGAAAAUUAUUUUCAACCUGGAAAUCCAUACCUGGCCAAAUUAUUAAUGAAAUGUGAUGACCCAGUCAACAUGAGGGGGUCUCAAGAAAUGUGCCUUUUAUGCACCCAUUCUCAGGCAGCUACUUAAGGAUAUGUAUGCUCUAUUAAACCAAGAAAAAGGAAGUCACAGAAAUCAGUAGAUUAGGUAUCCAGCCUAAUAGGUAGGCAAAGGAACAUCCCAGGACAAUAGCUCUGCAGAGCAACAACCAGUCCAGACUUGUGCAGGAGGACAGAAGGCAUUUAGUCAGUUUUUUUCUAUGUAGUAAAAGAAAACCUCAAAAUCUCAGUGGCUUACACAAACAAAUUAUUUCUCAUGUUCAUGGGUCUACAUAUUGGCUACAGUUCAGUUGAUAUAGCUGGGUUCAGCUGGGUUUGGCUCUAGACUGAAGUUUGGGUUCAAGUCUUCUCAUGUUUUCUCAUUCUCCUUGAACCAACCGUUACCCAAGCCACGUUAUUUUCAUGGCGAAUUGUAGAAGAGCUCAAAAAGCAAGCCAGAUGACACAAGUACAUUGAAAUCUUCUGCUCCUCUCAUGUCUAUUAACAUUCUUGAGCCAAAGCAAGUCAUAGGGCCAAGCUCAACAUCAAUGGGGUAGGAAAAUGUACUCCCCAUACUCUAGUGGAAGAUACUGCAAAGUCAUGUGGCAUAAAGCAUGGGUGUAUAAUUCAGUAAAAGGAAGGAAGUGAAGAACUGGGAAAAUAGUCCAGUCUAACCCAUAAAGCUCCAGGAGAAAUGUCUCCAAGAAAAAAAUAAAGGGACUGAUAGAAGACUUGACAUGUCUGUGUGGAAAAGAGUAUUUCCAAGAGUUUUACAAUUCCUUAGGAGAGAGAUAAUGAUAGAGAAUAUAGAAAAGUAAGCAAAUAAAAAACAGGCUAUUAUUGAUUCUAGGGAAAGCAAAAGUUCAUACAAGCAAAUUAAUCAUGGUACGUAAGUGAUACAUACAUGACUCAGGCAUAAAGUCCAACUAAAUAUUUAUAUAACUAAUAUUUGUAUAUGACCACUCUUUUUCAUGGAUUCCAAGAUGCACAAGCUAUCAAAACUGAAAUCUGAAAAUCUGAAAUCAAGAUCUGUCACAAUUGCUAUCAGCCAGGCGAUGAUCAUGACAUAGAUGCUCUAACCAUGUGCAAACAUGACUGUUAUUCCUAUGGCAUGAUGGGAUAUGCCACUCCUGAACAUGUCGGUCCAUAAUCCAUUGAAGGA